CAAGCCAUUAAAGGGCUUGGGACAAAGGCACUCAUGAUGACUUACGUUUUAACAGGAUCACUCCAGCUGCUGGGCAAGAAUAGACAGAAGGGGGUCAAGGGACUACCCUUUCAUACUAGCUGUGUGACCCUAAACCAUACUCCAUUUUUGUGAUUCUUAGUAGUAUGGCACCUUUCCACGGGGAGCCAGAGGAUUGUAUGCGAACAGGUUCUAAAAUUAGAGCGCUUCAAAUGACCUGAAAACGUGGCGCUGCUGACACACCUGUCGCUGAAUCACCGCAAAUCAGAGCCUGAUGUUUCACAAAUCUGCAGGAUGAUGUAAGAGCACAGCUGCAGGAGCUGAGACAUGAAAGGUGAGGGGCCAGAGCAGGCGAGGUGGGCAUCAUUUGGAGGAAGUGGAGAGUGGGGAGCAUUUAAAUGUGUGGAAAGAGGAGAACCCACCAUGGAUAAAAGAAACAGCAUGAAAACAAAGGAACAAGUUCUGGACAGAAAGAGCUGUAUGGGAGCGGAGAGUAUUUUGCUUGGAUCGGCCUGAACCAAGAGGACUACUUAUGAAUAAGUGGGGUGAUAAACAUGGAGGCUGGAUCAGUGGUUCGAGCCAUCUUUGACUUCUGCCCGAGUGUGUCAGAAGAACUGCCCCUCUUUGUGGGGGAUGUUAUUGAGGUGUUGGCAGUGGUGGAUGAAUUUUGGCUUCUAGGAAAGAAAGAGGAUGUUACAGGACAGUUCCCCAGUAGUUUUGUGGAAAUUGUGACCAUUCCCAGCCUAAAAGAAGGAGAGAGGCUGUUUGUCUGUAUCUGUGAAUUCACAUCCCAAGAACCGAACAGUCUUCCCCUCUAUCGAGGUGACCUCGUAAUUCUCGAUGGCGCUCCCACUGCCGGCUGGCUGCAAGGCCGAAGCUGCUGGGGUGCCCGGGGCUUCUUCCCGUCCUCGUGUGUCCGGGAGCUCUGCCUGUCCUCACAAAGCCGGCAGUGGCACUCGCAGAGCGCCCUGCUGCAGAUUCCCGACUAUUCAAUGGGACAGGCCCGGGCGCUAAUGGGGCUCUCUGCCCAGCUGGAUGAGGAGCUGGACUUCAGAGAAGGGGAUGUGAUUACCAUUAUCGGAGUUCCUGAACCAGGCUGGUUUGAAGGGGAACUAGAGGGUCGAAGAGGCAUUUUCCCCGAAGGUUUUGUAGAACUUUUGGGGCCCCUGAGGACUGUGGAUGAGUCGGUGAGGUCUGGAAAUCAUGAUGACUGCAUGGAAAAUGGUGAAGUAGACACCCCUACAGGAGAAGAGGAGAGAGGGCCGGACGAGGAGGACGAGCAGCCAGGGACCUACGGAAUCGCCCUCUACAGGUUCCAAGCCCUGGAGCCGAAUGAGUUGGAUUUUGAGGUGGGCGAUAAGAUCCGAAUUCUGGGGACCCUGGAAGAUGGCUGGCUGGAAGGAUCACUGAAGGGCAGGACAGGCAUCUUUCCUUACCGGUUUGUAAAUUUAUGUCCUAAAACAAAGGUGGAGGAAACUGUGGCCCUGCCACAGGAAAGCAGCCUUAGCAGGGUCCCUGAAACGUCUUUGGAUUGCUCAGAGAACUCCUUAGAACUGGGAGAAAAAGGACAUGAAUCUCAUGAGUAUGAAGAAGAGAAGUCCAACUGUAUUAUUUCUGAAACAUCUGCUUCUCCCCCAGAUCAUCUGACCUCUGAAUAUGAAGUAAACACAAUCUCUCAUUGGGAUGAGGGCACCUCCAGGGGGCUGCCGAGAAGCCCAGGCACCGGGCAUGGACAGCCUCUUGCCAAAGACUCUGCCACAAAGGAUUCCUCAGAGGUCGUCAAUGGUGUUUCCUCCCAACCUCAUGUACCUUUCCACCCCCAACUGCAGAAAAACCAGUAUUAUUCUAGAGCAGGAGGGAGCCAGCCGAGCUCAGGGCAGUUCUCUGACCCCUUUCCUCUAGAAGCAAGGACUAGAGACUAUUCCAGCCUCCCUUCCAGGAAAACAUCCUCCCAGCCGAAAACCCUUACGCAGCGAGCGUCUCCUUUUCCUGAAAGCUCUUCUCUUUCAGCCUCUAGGGUGGUCAGGCCUAGCCAGUUGAGCCCUCAACUCCAGGGCAAGGCAAGGUGUUCCAAAAAGUACCACACACUCAAAGAAAAAAAUGCUGCCCACUUUUGUUCAGAGAUGAAGCCUGGUCUGCAAGACAUGGCGCCCGCUGUGGAAGCAUUGGCCCUUCCACAGGGAGACGGCAACGUUGACCUGGAUUCGAAGUUGACACAACAGCUGAUAGAGUUUGAGAAGAGCUUGUCAGGCACUGAACCGGAUAAAGUUUUGCGCCACUUUUCAAUCAUGGACUUCAGCUCCGAGAAGGAUAUUGUCCGAGGUUCCUCAAAGCUAAUCACCCAGCAGGAGCUGCCUGGGAGGAGAAAGGCCCUAAGGCCACCGCCACCCCGUCCAGCACCCACUUCUCCCCAUUUGCUGGUGGACCAGAACCUGAAACCCGAGCCACCCUUGGCAGUGCGGCCCUCUCGCCCAGCUCCCCUGCCUCCCUCAGCGCAGCAGAAAACGAAUGCGGUACCCCCCAAACUCCUAACCUGUAACCGUCCUACCUGUGAGACCCUAGAGAAGGAGGCCCCUGAGAAUAUCGAAAAGCCUUUGGACCAAACUUCCCAGUGUCCAUUAGUAUUGGUGAGAAUUCAGGAAAUGGAACAGGACUUGGAUAUGUAUAGCAGGGCUCACGAAGAGCUACACUUAAUGCUGGAGAAGCAAGAGGAAUCCUUAAGGGCAGAGACCCUGGAGAAUCUAGCAUUCUACGAGAGCAACAUUGAAAAUUUGAAUAUGGAACUCCAGCAACUUAGAGACUGCUCUGUCUUGAUGUAUCUCAGUGAUUCCCAAAGUGGGCUCUACCGCCCCCUGGUGGGCGCUGCACCAAUCCAAGGGGGCGGUGAUGGCCACAG